AACCUUGUCCUGAGAGACAACUCCAGUGGAAGGAUCAUAUGGGAGAGUUUUCAACAUCCUUCCGAUUCAUUCAUACCGAGGAUGAGAAUUGGUUAUGAUGCAAAGACACGUGAGAGAAAUCUGCUUACAUCAUGGAAAUGUCCUUCAAACCCAUCGAUUGGACACUUCUCUCUCGGACUUGAUCCACUAAACAUCCCACAGAUUUAUGUAUGGAAUGGUAGUCAUCCAUACAUGCGUAGUGGUCCUUGGGAUGGUCAGAUUUUUAUUGGAAUUCCAGAAAUGGCUUCUGUAUAUCUCGAUGGAUUUAAUAUUGUAGACGACAAAGAAGGAACCUUUUAUUUAACUUUUACCUAUGUGUAUAAUCAGUCCAUUGGAACAUACUAUAUGUUGGAUUCUGAUGGAACUCUACUGGAGAAGUAUUGGUCUGAUGAGAAGGAAGACUGGGAAGUGACGUGGUUGGCGCCAGGAAAUGACUGUAAUGUUUAUGGCAAGUGUGGGGCAUUUGGAAGCUGUAAUUCGCUGGAUUCACCAAUUUGUACCUGUUUAAGAGGAUUUAAACCAAAGUAUAAGGAGGAAUGGAGUAGGGGUAAUUGGACUAGUGGAUGUAUAAGAAAGACACUGUUGCAAUGUGAGAGAAACAAUACUCUCAAUGAAGGGGGCAAAAAAGAUGGAUUUUUGAGGCUCAAGACGAUGAAAGUGCCAGACUUUGUGGAGUGGUCACCUGCUCUAGAAGACAACUGUGGAAGCCUGUGCUUGAAUAAUUGCUCCUGUAUAGCUUACUCAUAUUACCCUAGCAUUGGGUGUAUGCACUGGGGUGGAAGUCUAAUUGACAUACAGAAAUUUCCUCAGGGCGGGGCGGAUCUUUUCAUUCGAGUGGUAUAUUCAGAGCUUGAUGGAGAGAAAAACAUGAAAGUAGUUCUGGCAAUUACUACAAUCACAGGGUCAGUAACCAUUGCCAUAUGCGCAUCCCUUUCUUGGCGGUGGAUAUCCAAGCGAGGAGGAAGGAAGCAAAACCCAGAACAGGUAUUAUUCGAAAGAGAGAAAGCAGAUCCAGUGUAUUCAACUGAAACGUUGCUUCGAGAGAAUAACGACCAAAUUAAAGUUGAAGAGCUGCCAUUAUAUUGUUUUCAGAAUGUUCUAAAGAAGAGGCCUCUGGUGCACUGGUGGAGGAGAGAGGAUUUUGAAGUCUCAGAGUGCUCUAGUCCCAAGGGUGAAAAGAUGGCAAAGGAACAGGGAAAAGGGCAAUUCAAAGAGCUCAUGGUGAUUAUGCCUGCUGAGGAAGAAGGGUUUCCUAUUUGA